AUUGACGCAGGUGCGGAGCAACCAGUUAAACCUAGUUUAAAUAGGAGUAAUACCCUGGCGUACAGUAGCGGCAGCGGUUUGCUUUGGAUAGUUUCGCCUCUCUUGCCUUUUUUUCUGGAUUUUAAACCCCACAGAUAAUUUCCAGGAUGCCUUCCGGUCAAAAUGCACAAGGUGGGAAAGCCUUCGGGUUGUUGAAGGAGCAGCAAAGGCAAAGACUGGAGGAGAUAAACCAGGAAUACCUGGAGGACCAGAAAUACAGAGAUGAGGAGGGCCUUGCGGAAAAACUGGAAGGCUUGAAGAAUAAAUACGCUGAGUUUGACUUAAAUGAUGAAGGAGAGAUUGAUAUGAUGGGAAUGAAGCGGAUGAUGGAGAAGUUGGGGGUGCCCAAGACGCAUUUGGAGUUAAAGAAAAUGAUGGUUGAGGUGACCGGCGACAGCAGCAACACUAUCAACUACAGAGACUUUGUCAAAAUGAUGCUGGGCAAGCGCUCCGCUGUGCUCAAACUAGUUUUAAUUUUUGAAGAUAAAGCCAACGGCACCCCCUGCAAGCCAGAUGGACCUCCUCCGAAGCGGGACAUUGCCAGCCUGCCUUAAGCUUCAGCACCAGUCUCCA